GGGGGGCAUUAUUCACCGAGGAAGAGGGAGGUAUCAUAAAAGCAGCACUCAGCCACCCUUAGCCAUUGGGACAGAGGGAAUUCAUGUAAUUCAAAGUGCCCCACUGUGCCAUUCGGAUGACUGCUUGUGAUUCGUCCCCUUUCAAUCAGCCUGCAACAGGAGGGUUUCAGGAGCUAGAAGGAGGAAACAACUCAUCUGUCAAACAGAAGAGCACAGAUCUCCAUCUCCUCCGAGUUCCUAGCAGGUCCAUAACCAUUGUUUGUUAAAAGGAUUAUAUGCUGGGUGAAGGUGUCACCGUUUUACCAUUAUUACAGCUUCUUGGAAUCACAAAGUUAGUCAUGGAUGAAAAGACUAGAUAUUGAGAAGUGUCAGCCAGAGUGACAGACAGCAAUCUUCUUUCACCUGGGAGGAUUUUUCAAAGUCAGAAGAAGACAUAAAAAAGAACAAAUAAUACUCUGCUAUUAUUUGUGUUGCAUCUUUCCAUGAAGAACUUUUAAAGAGUCUGGAAGUUGAAGUCCUUUCUACCACAGCAACUUUCCUUGCUUAGUAACAAAAAGCAUCUGGUGGCUCAAUGGGUAUUAUUUUAAAAGAAAGAGGUCUUUAGUCAGUCUUUAAUAUGGUUUCAUCAUCAAACACCCAGCAAGGUAUGAUAAACACCAAAGAGACUGUUCUAAAGAGAACCAUUCUAAUUGCUUUGGAAUUAUUUUUGGGACAAGAAACGCCUGUGUUUUUCUUCAGAGCAAAUGCAAAAGAAGAAAUGUGGAUUUUCAAAUAUGUUCAUUAGUCAAGGGUUUGGCUCUCUCCUCUGCAUUUAUAAAGCCAGACUGGUAUUUCCAAUUAGUUUCUAUCUACAAUGUGGAAAUAAAGCUUCACCCAACACUACCAAAUAUUUGCUCUUGGCUCUUUCAAAGAAAGGGCAGCGAGAAUCACAAACACACUGGAUGUACAUUAACCAGUUAUGAUAAUGGGACUGACCUCUGAGAACAUCUCUGCCCUUGACUGCUUCAAUUGCACUCAGACUGUGGAGCAAUUAAAUAUUUCCAAGGCCAUAUUAUUAGGAGUCAUCUUUGGAGGUCUGAUUGUUUUUGGGGUCCUGGGCAACAUCGUGGUUAUCCUUUCAGUGGCCUGUCACAAACAUCUGCAAAGCGUAACCCAUUACUACAUUAUCAACUUGGCUGUGGCUGAUCUCCUCUUGACUUCUACUGUUCUCCCCUUUUCUGCUAUUUUAGACAUUCUGGGCUACUGGGCUUUUGGGAGGAUCUUCUGCAACCUCUGGGCAGCUGUUGAUGUUCUGUGCUGCACAGCUUCCAUCAUGAGCCUUUGUGUCAUCUCUAUAGACCGAUAUAUUGGAGUGAGCUACCCACUGAGAUACCCAGCCAUAGUGACUGAAAAAAGAGGUAUCCUGGCUCUGCUGUGCGUGUGGGCAUUGUCAAUUAUGAUAUCCAUAGGUCCUCUCUUUGGCUGGAGACAACCAGCUCCAGAAGAUGAAAAAAACUGCCAGAUCAACACUGACCCAAGUUAUGUCUUAUUUUCUGCUCUUGGGUCCUUCUACCUCCCCCUGGUCAUCAUACUGGUGAUGUAUUGCCGGGUAUAUGUGGUAGCCAGAAGAGAAAGCAAAGGAUUGUCGUGUGGCCUGAAGACUGAGAAGUCCCAUUCAGAAGAAGUGACUCUCCGCAUCCACCGCAAGAACAACACUGAAGCUGCAGGAGCUACCCCUACCACCAAGCACAAGUCCAAUUUUUCCGUAAGGCUUCUAAAGUUCUCUCGGGAGAAGAAAGCAGCCAAAAGCUUGGGAAUAGUUGUGGGAUGUUUCAUCCUGUGUUGGCUUCCUUUCUUUUUAAUCAUGCCAAUUGGUUCUUUCUUUCCUGACAGCAAGCCCUCGGAAACCAUUUUUAAAAUUGCCUUUUGGCUUGGGUAUCUAAACAGCUGCAUCAACCCCAUCAUUUACCCUUGUUCGAGUCAAGAGUUUAAAAAAGCAUUCCAAAAUGUCCUAAGAGCCCGGUGUCUCCACAGGAGGUAUUCCUCCAACAAAUAUUCCCUGAACUUCACCCACAAUCACCCAAGCAGCCAUGUUCCUGAAGCUGACAAAGAUAUUGUCCGGAUACCUGUCGGCACUGGAGAACACUUCUAUAAGAUUUCCAAAUCGGAUGGCGUGUGUGAAUGGAAACUUUUUUCAGCCAUGCAAAGCAUGUCAACCAAGAGCAAUGCUCUGAAAGAGAGCCCCAGCUGCUCUACGGCCAAAGUGAAGAGCAAAGGCCUCCUGAGAGAGUGCUGCUGUGCAAACACCUCAGGAGAAAACCCAAAGGACCAGCAAAUACCCACCAUUAAAAUACAUACUGUCUCCAUCAGUGAAAAUGGAGAAGAUGUUUAAAGACCUUCCAUUAUUUUGAUGGGAGUUCUGAAGUUUUACAGUGUGUUUUCAUAGUUUUCUGCACUGGCGAGUCGAUCACAAAAGGUUUCAAUGGGUCACAACAGGAAGGCAAAAAAAGCCCAGAUCAGGUCAAACUCUGUAGAGAUGGAAACCAUGGGAAGACUUCCAUCCAUGCUGUUCCAUUGGAUUCUGUGAGGAGUAGAACGGGGGUCCCUGUGGGGCUGGACGCCUUCAAAUUAUUCAGAUUUGAUUUCUUGUUCUUUUAAAGGUUUUCAUUGUAUCCUGUUGUUUUAAUUCAAGUUAUCUAGCCUUUCUUUUUGUAAUGAUCAGUGGCGUAAAAACAUCCUUGAAAUAUAUCCUACAACAGAGAACCAUUAAUAUAUGUUCCAGCUUUCAUUGCAAAUGCUUUUCUUGAGUGGUCAGCUCUUUUUUUUUAUUACUCUGCAUUGUGAAGAUAAAUUUGACAAGGCUGCAGUGCAAGCUAAUAGACAAAUUUGAGAGAGAGGGAUAUGACAGGAAGGUUCUUAACUUAACCCUCACCUUUUUAUUAAUGGAAUGAUUGUGGUUCUGUGACAUUGUGAGUAUCGUAAAGGCUCAAUUGACGCAAUGGGAGCUUAUAUCUAAGCCGUGACUCCAGUUUUUACUUUUUAAAGUUUGAAUAUAGCUGUCUUUCCCCAAUAGGCUUAGCUAUGCUGCUGAGUUGUAUUGAGUUAAUGCCGAUUUAAUUUAUGCCUUCCCAACAAGAAUGCUGAGAACUAUAAUGCAUUUUGAGUGUUCAAAAUUGUUUUUUUCUACCUUAGACCUUAGGGUAACUUUGCCAAAAGAGGAUUAGUAUUAAAUUUGUUAAUAUUUGUAGUAUAGCUGGGGCACAGAGCUUCCUUUCGAUUGACUUUAGCUACCAUAAAUUAAAUUGCUUUGCUUGAGAUUACCAAACCAUAAAUCAAUCCUCUACAAAUUGGAUGAAAUCAUUCAUCUGUCAGUUAUUUAUUUUCUAUGAGAUAUUUUCCUCAUGAGUAUACUAUUAAAAAAAGGAAUGCAGUACUUUCUUGUUAAUCCAGAAUAUUUGAAUUUGGUUUAUAGUUCGAAACCAACCAGGAAAUCAUGGCAAUGCAAAAUUUUGAAUGUUUUCAAAUUUAUGAAUGGACCCCAGUACAAUAAAAACCUCAUUGUCUUCUAUUAGUUUCAGCACUGGAAAAUUAUCCUCGUUCAUAAAGAGUUGCAUAGAAUAUUCCUCAACACUCAGAUUAAUGAGAAAUCCUCAACUCUUGGCAGGCUCAUGUAUUUAUAUUUCACACAUUGCCUCCUGGAAAAUCAAGUGAUGACUGAAAAGGUAAUGGGACCAUUAGAAAUUAAAACAGAGUGGAUUGGAUCUAGGCAAAUUUAGUAACAGACUACAGUCAGUACUACGUCUUGGCUUCAACUUAAGGUGUUGCUUAAACCCAGCCAUAGUUUAGGGAAAUGUAUGAGCCAAGGGGCAAUUUAUUUUAAUAAUUACUUACUUGCAGUGGUGGGUUCCGGAUCCUGUUGCAACCAGUAUGUUGCAACAG